AUUCCCCCAUAUGGGGAGGAGCGAGCGCUGCUGCAGGUCUGUUCACUGACUGGGGCUAACUAAAGUCCAUCAACAAGCUAGUUAGCAGUGAGCGAUAUGAUGAACGUUAUUGGUGAUGCUCUAGCAGCAACAAGAAAACAUGGACUAGUGAACUGAGAUUUAUUCCAGUGUCUUGACAAUCACUAUCUAGCCGAGGACCAUUCCAGGUGGCUGUGAUUAGCUGCUUCAUCCAUGCGGCCGCUGCUGUGCCGAGGAGUUUGAGCUCUGAGUGGCGGGCAAGCUCAGUCAUCAGCUCGCUGGGACAACUGGGACAACACGGCUCACUCACCGAGUAGGAGCAUGGUGGUCCCGGACAGUGCCAGCGUGGUCCCCCAGGCCGAAAAUGGCAGUCCCACUGGCCUCAUGGAGAGCUCCAAGCCCGGGUGCAAAGAGGAAGAAGAGGGGGGUCAGGACCUGGCAGGGGUGGAGCUGGAGGAGGUCAGAAAGCUGCAGGAGCUUGUUCGUAGGUUGGAGGUCCAGAAUGAGACCCUGCGCAACAGAGGGAGCAAGACUAUCAUCCACAGAGGAACCAGCAGCAACAGCAACCUCACAGCUGCUGGCAAUAUCAAUGAGAGGCUGCCUUGUGAAGAGGUGACCAACUCCCACCUCAGAUUGGAGCACAGUGGCAAACUGGGCAGCACAGACUUGCAGCUGUCACCCAGUCAGGACAGCAGUAGUGGUGAAGAGAUGUCCCCUCUGCCCAUGGCCAACAGGCUUGAGGGAGAGGAUGAUGAAGAGGAGGACCAGGGUCCAUGUGGGAGCUUUCUCACCUUGACCUGCAACAAUGGAGCGGAACAGUGCCAGACGCCAGAGAGCCCCUCUCAGGAAAGUUAUGAUUCAGAGACACUUGCAGAGAGCGACUCAGGGGUGGACCAAACUGCCCUGGAUGAAGUGGAUGUCCUAGAUUUGGAGGAUGAGUGUGCAGAAGUAGAGGACGAGGACAGUUGGUUGUAUGUGUCUCCAAAAAAGCAAGUCGGAGAUCAAGGGCCAGACUCCCCAUUGAAGUGGUGUCGGCAGGCUCUUGACCACCGCAGCCCAGAGACAGAAAUAGCUUGUCGGACCCUGAUCAGCCGUUUGGAUCAGACAUCUCGAUGGAGGAACAUGUACAGCAGCCCAUCAGCAGAGGCAGGCUCAGCAGGCUCAGGCCUGAUCUCUCCUGGGUACCACAAAUCAACUAACAAAUCCCUACUAACCUGUGGCAGCUCAGGUGUCACAACCAUGCACUCAGCCCUGAGCUCGCAGUCCUCCAUAGACAGUGAGCUUAGCACAUCCGAUGACUCCAUCUCUAUGGGCUAUAAGCUGCAGGAUCUCACUGAUGUACAGAUCAUGGCUCGCCUACAGGAAGAGAGUCUGAGGCAGGAUUAUGCUUCCAGCUCAGCAUCCGCAUCACGCCGCAGCUCCACAGCCUCUCUGCAGUCCCUGCGCCGGGGUGGCACCUACAGCGAUCAGGAAUUUGACAGUUACAGCCUGGAGGACGAAGAGGAUGAGUUCUGCUCCAUACCCCAGCGACGACCUCGCUACACGCCCUCGCCCUUAGGCUCGCCUCGGUGCCUGUCUCCCUCCACCUCCAACCAUGGUCAGGAAUACAUCAGUCGGCUCGGGGCCCCACGCACAAGAACACCCAGACGAUCCCUCCAGGGCCCCAGUGCAGAGCUGCUUAAAUUUGCCAAGAGCGAGGAAGAGUUGAGGCACAGCAUGCCUAAUCUGGCCCCCCGCACCAGCCUACGUUCCCUGGAAGCAGUCAGAAACAGCCGCAGCAUGGAGGCUAACCUCCAGAGCUCAGGCAACCGCAUGUCCCACCUGUCUCACACCCCCUCCUCAGGUAUGGCUAGUAGUCGGCUGCGUAGCAGUGGCCAGUCACCUCUCUCCCUGCGGACUCCUGUUAAAGCGGUCACUCCUGUGGGCUCCAUGGAAGCUGGUCGUCAGCCUUCCAGAGGUCUGCCCAUUGUUCAAGCACCUCCUGCAGGAGGGGGCCGGAGGCUCCCGUCCCCAGGCUCUGCCAAUAGUGGAUCUUACAUACCCGGGAGAUCCUCAACUGGGGCCGGGAGGGCUGUUGUGGGCCGAGGACAGGCAUCUACCAGGAGUAAACUUUCACAGCCCCCCAGGAGGUCUUUGGGCAUGACUAAAAUGUCCGAUGAAUCCUGGAAAGAUGGCUGUUACUGAGUCUGGACGGUGAUGAAGGAUGUUCACUGCUGCAACCCUCACCUGAAAUCUUCCUGCCACAGCCACUGUGUCCACAAAUGUGUCGUUCAACCUUUUGGUCCCCCGUUUCAGACUAGCAAGCUGUGCUGCACUGGAUUCAUAGUCAAAAGACUCAAGACUCAUUUCUUUCCCUCGCAUGAAACAUUGUCAACCCACACAGAGAGACUGUGUAGGCAGACAAGAAGGCACACAUGCACACUCUACUUGUGAUAUGGACCAACUCUGAGCUUCCAGAAGAUUUGUUUGUCAAUUUUACAAAAUUUUCUAUGGUAAUUGUGAGAAACUGCUGGAAUAUUAAGAGUUGUAUAAGCGUCUGUUCUGUUGAUGUAAUUGAUAUGAAGACAGUUUAAAUGAAGAUAUUGGUGGUUUGUCCAUUUUCUGUGUGAAUUCCUACUAGAUGAAGGUGCUGAGCGUUGCAUGCUUGGUUUUGUUUUUUUCCUUAUCGCGUAACUGCAGUAUGACAAAUCUUCCAUGUGUUGCACAAUGAUGUGUGAAUUUAUGAAUGUUUGAUUGGUUCAUGGUGAAAUUAUCUUUAGAUUUGUGUUGUAUUUGUGUUUUGCUCUUUACUUACACAGCAAUGCAACUCCUGUAAACCACACUGCCCUUAUAAAUAAUACAAAAAUGGAAAUCUAUGGUUUGAGCCAAGGUGCAUUUCAGCUGCAACAUUCUUAAUUCCAGAAGAAUCUUGAGUCAUUACAGGUACUGUCACGUUACUGCAUUUUUACUGCAUAUCUAUAGGUGGUUAGGGUUAUGUACGGGGAGCGUGCUUUUGGAUACCACUGUAAUGAAGAACAUGUUUAUGCACGAAGGCCUUGUGCCUAGACAGCUAUGCACCCUCAUGCAGAGUGCCUCUAACAAUUAGGAGCUGUAAUGAAAAUAAAAACAAGUCGACCCUCAAACUAUAA